GGCACUGAGUUGUGUUCUCAUCAUGCCUCAAACCAGAUCCCAGUCCCAGGCCACGAUACCCUUUCCAAGAAAGAAGCUGUCUCAGACGUUGGGCAAAGCUAAGCAAUGCCGUGACACCAGACUAGAGCUGACAGAUGUCCAGGCCAAACCUCAUCCUUCCCGUGAAGGAGUUCUGCCUCUCAGCCCCAGAAAACGUUUGGGUGAUGACAACCUGUGCAACACUCCCCACCUAGCUUCCUGUUCUCCACCAAAGCAAGGAAAGAAAGAGAAUGGACCCCCUCGCUCACAUAUUCCUAAGGGGCGCAGGUUGAUAUUUGACAAUCAACUGGGGAUUAAAUCUCCUAGCAAAAGAGAACAAACCGGAGUUUGCCAAAACAAAAUAAAUAUCUCGGUCCCAAAAGUUCAAGAGAUUACAACAAAUUCUGAGCAGAGAUGUCCACCAGAGAAGGAAUCUGCGUGUAUGAGACUGUUCAAACAAGAAGGCACUUGCUACCAACAAGCAAAGCUGGUCCUGAAUACAGCUCUCCCGGAUCGGCUGCCUGCCAGGGAAAAGGAGAUGGAUGUCAUCAGGAAUUUCCUGAGGGAUCACAUCUGUGGGACGAAAGCUGGAAGUCUUUAUCUUUCUGGGGCUCCUGGAACUGGAAAAACUGCCUGCUUAAGCCGAAUUCUGCAAGACCUCAAGAAAGAGCUGCAAGACUUUAAAACUAUCAUGCUGAAUUGCAUGUCCUUGAGGAGUGCCCAGGCUGUAUUCCCAGCUAUUGCUCAGGAGAUUUGUCAGGAAGGAGUAUCCAGGCCAGCUGGGAAGGACAUGAUGAAGAAACUAGAAAACCAUAUGACUGUGGAGAAGGGCCCCAUGAUUGUGUUGGUGUUGGAUGAGAUGGAUCAGCUGGACAGCAAAGGGCAGGAUGUAUUGUACACACUGUUUGAAUGGCCGUGGCUGAGCAACUCACGACUGGUGCUCAUUGGUGUUGCUAAUACCUUGGAUCUCACAGACAGAAUUCUGCCAAGGUUGCAAGCUAGAAAAAAAUGUAAGCCACAACUGCUGAACUUCCCACCUUAUACCAGAAGUCAGAUAGCCACUAUCUUGCAGGACAGACUUAGUAAGGUCUCUAGAGAUCAGGUUCUAGACAAUGCUGCAAUUCAGUUUUGUGCCCGAAAAGUCUCUGCUGUUUCCGGGGAUGUUCGAAAAGCACUAGAUGUUUGCAGGAGAGCUAUUGAAAUUGUAGAGUCAGAUGUCAAAAGCCAGACUAUCCUCAAACCACUGUCUGAAUGUAAAUCACCCUCUGAGUCACUGGUUCCCAAGCGUGUCGGCCUUGUUCACAUAUCCCAAGUCAUAUCAGAAGUUGAUGGCAGCAGAAUGGCUUUGAAGCCACAAGGAGCACAAGAUUCCUUCCCUCUUCAGCAGAAGAUCCUGGUCUGUGCUUUGCUGCUCUUGACCAGGCAGUUGAAAACCAAAGAGGUCACUCUGGGGAAGUUAUAUGACGCCUAUAGUAACGUCUGUCGCAAACAGCAGGUGGCAGCUGUGGACCAGUCAGAAUGUUUGUCACUUUCGGGGCUCUUGGAGGCCAGGGGCAUUUUAGGGUUAAAGAAAAACAAGGAAACACGCUUCUCCAAGGUGUCCUUGAAGAUUGAAGAAGAAGAAAUAGAGCAUGCUCUGAAAGACAGAGCUUUAAUUGGAAAUAUUUUAGCUACUGGAUUACCAUAA